AGAAGACAUGGUGAUUGAGCUAUAAAAGAACACAGAUUGUUUUUCUUUUUAAAAUGUCCAAACUUUCAAAGUCAGUGUAAUAGUUACAGAACUUCAAGAGUUGCAUAUUUUCAGUUUGUAUAGCUAGUUAAUCACUGUUGUUGUAACCUCGUCGUUAACAAUAUCCAGCAAUCUCAGAAUAAGCACUUUGUUAGCUAGCUAACGUUGUUAGCAUACAACGUUAACUAUCCCAGCUAUAGAAAUCGAGCAAACUUUGCCUAAAUUCGGACUGGACGAUAUGGCAACUAAGAAGUUAUCUGAAAUGGACAUCUCCCUCCCCUUAUCUUCCUUACGCCUCCUGGCCCCUCCUCUCCGGCUGGUCUCUGCCGCCAUGUGGAAGGUGAUAAAGGAACGCGAUGUGAUGCAUUAUGGGACGCUGGAGGAGUUUGUGACGUCAACCUGCGAGACAGUCCCUGGCUUGCUCACAUCUAGACACCAGGCCAAGCUGGCUCUGGGGCUGAGGGCACGGCUGAUCUUAGAAGUGUGCCAUGGCCUGGACCCACCAGAUCCAGCGGUUAUCCUUCCCCAGCUGGACAGGAUCCGUGCCCUUAUUCCUUCCUCUGCACUGAAGAAGGAUGUGAAGAUUGAGACCGCAGUCACCAACUUGCAUGGCCUGGUGGAAGUCCUCCUGAGAGACCCCACAGAGAGAGCACUGUUCUACAUGGUGGAGUUUCCUUCAGAGUAUGGCCCUCAGUUUGAUCAGGAACUGGAGAAACUGCUGUGGGAGUUCCUGCUCAGACUGAACCAACUUCUCCCAGUCCCUAACCUGGCUCAGACAGUGUCCUGGCUCACUGCUGCCCCUCCUGUCCUAGAGGAGUGUGCGAAGGCUGCCUCCCAACCCCAGCUCCUGAGGACACUGCUCCAGCACCAGAUCUGCCUGGGACACCUGGAUUUGGCAGCUUCUCUUCCUCCCUGUAUGGGCGACUCCAUCCUUUCAUCCCUAUCUCUCCCUCCCUCUGGAAGAUCUCAGCAAAGCGAACAAUCAGGAUCUAAGCCUGCCUUUGUUUCCACCCCAAACCCUCAGUCUUUAACCCCAUUGACCAAUCGCAGACAGACACAAAACAGGUCAUCACCCAUCACGCCUGUGAUAGGUGGGAUUUGCAACGAAGAACUGCCAGUCAUGGCUUCAGCCAAUAACAGGCCAAGAACUUGCAAGGAAGACGUUACUAUCCAAUCGGAUUCAAGAGAAGUGGAGAAGAAAGCCGAGUCAACGGCAAGGUCAAAAUAUACUGAGGGGGAAUCUGAAGAGGACGAGGAGGUGAUAGUCAUGAGAAGAGGGAGGAAGAGGAGGAGGAGGAGUGAAGAGAAGGAUUUGACGAGUGAUACAGAUGAAGAGACUGAGAGGGACGUUCAAAGGGACUGUUUGGUUCAGUUGGGGAUUGCAGGCCUCAAGGUUCCGGAAGACCAGCACCUCUGCUCUUACAUCACAUCCUGUCUGCUUAACCAACCCAGAGUGCUCAUCCCCCGACUGACUUCCACAGACAUCACUGCACAUGUGAGGUCACAACCUCGCAGUCCUUCCUGCAGCAACAAGACACCAACAGCAGGGAGAUCUCCAUGGGGACAGAACAAGAGGCUGACGAUAACGGUGCGUCGGCUUCCUUCGACCCAGCAACGGAAGUUGAAUGACAGCUCGUUGACCCUAGAUGUGGCGCUUCCAGCAUCAGCUGACAAAGAGAACUGUGUGCUUCCUUCAGUUAGCUCUCCCUCCAUUGUUCCUCUGCCUCAAAUGAGAAGAAGCACAGAAAUACUGACCUCACCAGUAACCAGUGACAAUGAUGACGUCAUAGGAGAUUCAGAGGAUGAAGCGACAAAGAAUUUCAAAGGCAGGCUGUUUAUGAAGCGCUACUAUAAGACCAAGCACGACACCUAUGUACCCACUCUCAGGGAGUUCUGGAAGCCCGGCCUGGCACGACCUGCUGUCUCCCGGCAACGGACACCGAUGACACGCUCAAUAAUUCACAGACCUAUGGCAAAAUCCUUUCACCAACCAUGGGGAGCAAAAAAUGCAUUUUGAAACAGGAAGGGUACCAUCUGAACUUCUCCAAUAGGAACACGUUUCUUGCUGCAAAAACAUUUUGCUACAGUUUGGCCAACUGAACACAACCAUGGUUGUAAAAGUGUAUGAUUGGCAGUUUUAGGAUUCUUUGUAUCUGAAUCACUUUGCAAUAAGCAUUAUUUAAAAACCUGUGACUUAUUUUGAAAUCAAGAGGAUUAACCUAUGUCACCAAUACUUACAGCCUGUGUGCUGUCAUUGUCAAGAGUUCAGAUGUCCCAACACAUUUUCUUUUUGGGGUCAUACUUAUAUCUUCAGAUGUUGAUGGCUGCGAUAACUGAGGCAAGAGCUUUCUCAUAUUGGUUGACAAUUUAAGUAAUUGUCAAGAGUUCAACCAAUUUUUAUUUCAGCUCAAUAUCUUCAGAUUCUGAUGCCUGAUUGUAAUAACUUGGAGAAAAUGUUUUUUCUAACAUAUUUUUCAAUCAAGUAUUUGUUAAUUAUUUUAUGUACUCAAUGAGUGGGGUUUUAAUAUGUACUUUUGUAUCUUGUCAUAACUUUUCAUAACUGUAUUCUAAGAACUGUUUAAGCUAUAAUGUCAUGAAUUAAAUGUAAAUUAAGCAUCUGCCAAGUAGUAUAGUAAUACCUUUUUCACAUUCAAUGUCUUUAUUACUGUGUAAACUAUUACACUGUUUUGGCUGUCUUUUAUACACACUUCUCUUGGUUUCACUAAUUACCAUGUAGUUCUCUUAAUGAGGUACAAUAAGCCAAAACAUGAAUAGCAGUGUAGUCCUUUUUAUUAAGGCAAUGUAGGUAUAAACU